AUGGCGGACACCAAGGAUCAGCGCAUUCCUGUGCGAGAGCGCCGCCCGUCCAUGGGUGCUCCCAUUGUUGACAUCCAGGGCUCUGUUGGCCCGGCUGGCAUCUCCCGCCCUAAGCAUAAGAGAACCUUUACUGGUUUUGGUGCUGGUGAGAUCAAGAGCGUCGAAGCUUCAAUUCCAGAGCCACAGCGCGAAGCGUGGAACAAGGCCCAGUCUGGUCCCUUUAAGAGCAAGGAGGAGUUUGAGAAGGAGGUUGUGCGCCAUGUCGAGACUACUCUCGCUCGAAGCAUGUUCAACUGCGAUGAAACGGCCGCAUACUCCGCCGCAAGCUUGGCUUUCCGUGACCGCCUGGUCAAGGAAUGGAACAAAACCCAGCAGCGUCAGACGCUGGUUGAUGGAAAGCGUGUCUACUACCUUUCUCUCGAGUUUCUCAUGGGCCGGGCUCUCGACAACGCCAUGCUCAACGUCGGCCUGAAGGAUGUGGCCAAGGCUGGUCUUGAUGAUCUCGGAUUCCGCAUCGAGGAUGUCAUUGAGCAGGAGCACGACGCUGCCCUUGGAAACGGUGGCCUGGGUCGAUUGGCUGCUUGCUUCCUUGACAGUCUUGCUUCCCUCAACUUCCCUGCCUGGGGCUACGGAUUGAGAUACCGAUAUGGUAUCUUCAAGCAGGAGAUUAUUGACGGUUACCAAGUUGAAGUCCCCGACUACUGGCUUGAUUUCAACCCUUGGGAGUUCCCUCGUCAUGAUGUGACGGUCGAUAUCCAAUUCUAUGGCCACGUCCAAAAGUCAACGGACUCUAAUGGCAAGACGGUUGCCAGCUGGGAGGGUGGUGAGACGGUCACUGCCGUGGCCUACGACGUGCCGAUUCCGGGUUACGCGACUCCUUCUACCAACAACCUGCGUCUUUGGUCUAGCAAGGCUGCAAGUGGAGAGUUCGACUUCCAAAAGUUCAAUAGCGGCGACUACGAGAACUCUGUCGCUGACCAGCAGCGGGCUGAAACUAUCAGCGCCGUCCUGUACCCCAAUGACAACCUCGAGCGAGGAAAGGAGCUUCGUCUGAAGCAACAGUACUUCUGGGUGGCCGCGUCUCUCUACGACAUCGUCCGCCGCUUCAAGAAGUCGAGACGUCCCUGGAGGGAGUUCCCUGACCAGGUUGCUAUCCAGCUCAACGAUACCCACCCCACUCUCGCCAUUGUCGAGCUUCAGCGCAUUCUGGUAGAUCUCGAGAAGUUGGACUGGGAUGAGGCGUGGAAUCUGGUUACCGCCACGUUCGGCUACACCAACCACACUGUCCUUCCUGAGGCUCUGGAGAAGUGGCCGGUUGGCCUCGUUCAGCACCUACUUCCUCGACACUUGCAGAUUAUUUAUGACAUCAAUCUGUUCUUCCUCCAGAGUGUCGAGAAGAUGUUCCCCAACGACCGUGACAUUCUCAGUAGGGUUUCGAUCAUUGAGGAGUCGCAGCCUAAGAUGGUACGCAUGGCAUUCUUGGCCAUUGUCGGCUCUCACAAGGUCAAUGGUGUUGCCGAGCUGCACUCGGAUCUCAUCAAGACCACGAUUUUCAAGGACUUUGUCAACAUCUACGGCCCUGACAAGUUCACCAACGUUACCAACGGCAUCACGCCAAGACGUUGGCUGCACCAGGCCAACCCCCGCCUGUCCGAUCUCAUCGCUUCCAAGACCAACGGCCACGGUUUCUUGAAGGACCUGACACAGCUGAACCAGCUCGAGCACAGCAUCAACGACAAGGAAUUCCGCAAGGAGUGGGCCGAGAUCAAGUACGCGAACAAGGUCCGCCUGGCCAAGUACAUUAAGAACACUACAAGUGUCAGCGUCAACCCCGCCGCUCUCUUUGACGUCCAAGUCAAGAGAAUCCACGAGUACAAGCGUCAGCAGAUGAAUAUCUUUGGUGUCAUCCACCGUUACCUGACGCUCAAGGCCAUGUCGCCCGAGGACCGCAAGAAGGUGACGCCCCGCGUCUCCAUCUUUGGUGGAAAGGCUGCUCCUGGCUACUGGAUGGCCAAACAAAUCAUCCACUUGGUCAACAACGUUGGAUCAGUCGUCAACAAGGACGAAGACAUUGGCGACCUCCUGAAGGUCAUCUUCCUCGAGGACUACAACGUUAGCAAGGCCGAGAUGAUCAUCCCCGCCUCCGACCUCAGCGAGCAUAUCUCGACUGCCGGAACCGAGGCUUCUGGUACCAGUAACAUGAAGUUUGUGCUCAACGGCGGUCUGAUUAUCGGCACGUGCGACGGCGCCAACAUCGAGAUCACCCGCGAGAUUGGCGAGAACAACAUCUUCCUUUUCGGCAACCUGGCCGAAGACGUCGAGGAUCUCCGCCACGCUCACACGUACGGAUCCCACACGAUCGACGAGAACCUCGCCAAGGUCUUUUCCGAGAUUGAAAAGGGAACGUUCGGUUCACCAUCUGAUUUCCAAGCCCUUAUCUCGGCGGUUCGUGACCACGGUGACUACUAUCUGGUUUCGGACGACUUCAACAGUUAUAUCGAGACCCACCACCUCGUUGACGAGGCAUACAAGAACCAGGAGGAGUGGAUCACCAAGUCUAUCACCAGCGUGGCUCGUAUGGGAUUCUUCAGCAGCGAUCGCUGCAUCAACGAAUAUGCUGAGGAGAUUUGGAACAUUGAGCCUCUCAAGGUUGAGGAAUAG